AUGGAAUACCAUUUUGUUCCUCUGGAGGAGCGCGCAAAAGACGACAAAGGGAAUCUUCUGCCCUGGGGAUAUGUCUACAAAGACGAAGCCCGUAACCCCCGACGACCACCUGAGGAAACAGGACCCUUUGGAAAACGACGAAAUGCUCGCUAUGAACAUGCUCGCUCACGGACACGGACUGGCACCCCAGGAAAGAGGGAUAACCCGAACGUUGUCGAAUUUGGGCGCCUGUUCGCUCAACAGCAGGAGGAGGAGAGCAGCCGCAGCAAAACCUUGCCCAAGUCGUCAUCUUCCUCGAACCUCGAGAACUCAUGGAAGCAGACAGAAAAGGUCGCUACUGAAUGCAUGCUCUAUGGUUACCGGAGCAAAGACUCAGAGUGGAAGGCCAUUGAUAAGUUUGAGCGGAUUUCGCGCGGCGUAAUUUAUGAGGACUAUCCUCGUACGGACCCCAACUCUUCGAGUGGAUAUGCCCAGCUUCUUAGCGGUGGUGAUGUGGUUAUUCGUGCGAACUUGUCUGCGGAUGCGAAUCGUAAAUCGAAGCGAUAUGCUGGUGGAUUUAACUGGAUCAAGGUCACGUUUGACUCGACUAUCGCUGCGGAUCGAGCCUGUUUCUUUUCCCCCCAGGAGAUCGAUGGUCACCUUGUAUUUUGUGAGCUGUUUCAUGGCCAAGGUCCUACGGAGGAUGUUCCUAUCCCUGUCGACUCAUCCUUUUCCAGCAAAUUUAAUUCGAGACAAGCACGGACCUUGACUAGUUCUCAUUCCACUGCAUUCCUCACUAUGGAUAAAGAGCGGCCGUCGACGUUACCGCGAUCAUUUGCGAUCAACAACCUUUCUACUGUGCCUGACGUCGAGGAAGAUGAGUCUUUCGAUUCCACAAAUACAGCAAGUUCGGCAACGGCUACUGGCGUGGACCAAGCUUCGCCUGUCCAUCAACGAAAUGUCGCCCAGGAAGUGAAACCCGAGUCUGAGUUCAUGACGCAUAUUCCGACAGUCCGUCGAACGAAAUUGCGCCCGAUAACCGAAGCCCUCCCUCCCCAGCCAACAGUUACGGAGCGUGUUCUGCGGUCGAUUCCGAUCCUCAGCUGGUUCACAGGCGAUAUUGUAGGAGACGGACCCCAGCUCCGGGAAGAUGGGACGUUUGACUAUGACAAGUCCAACACCUAUUGGCGCUUCUGGCACAUGGUUGAUCGGGUCCUCGGGACCGACAUUUGUGGACUGAGAGAAGAAUCUUGA